CUCUCUGUUGAAAAUCCUUGUGCAUUACAAAGUUUAGCUAGAGCCACGUGAUGGGAGGGAAGAAGAAGGGCUCCGACUCGGCACCCGGAUCGCGGCCGCGCGGUUCCAUGACGCUGAGAGAAGAAUCGACUGGUAAAAAACACGGCAACGUGAACGCCAAAACCAUGUGCAAGAUCGAUCAUCUCAAAGACCUAGCAUUGUGGGCGGCCUCCGUUCCUUCGCUCGGCGCUUUCUUCGGGGAGCGCCUCUCAGCCACCAACGAAGCACUGGGCCUUCGCGGUGAUCCUUCUAUUUUUGUUUGUGAAAGGUGCGAAUCUAUUCUUCAACCUGGUAACAAUUGCAGUGUUCGGAUUGAGAAGAACAACAAGUUGAAAGGGAGGCAUACACGAAAGAGAUCAAAGGCUACAGUACAGAACAAUAUUGUUUACAGAUGUCACUUUUGUUCUCAUCAGAAUAUGAUGAGAGGAACACCAAAGGGCUAUGUCAAAGAGAUAUGUCCACCAAAGCCUAAACCAGCACCGAGCUUUAAAAAAGUGCGAGAGAACCACCCUAGCUCAGGAAAUGCUACAGCUACUGUCGAGUGCAUAGGGAUGGACUCCAGUGCUCUGUUGCCUUUAGAUGGACAUGAUCUCGAAGAAAGCUCUCUGGCCACUCCAUUGCCGAAACCCGGUCUCUCUUUAUUGGAUUCGAAGCGGAGGAAAAGGAAUAGGUCCGGUGUAAAGAAAAUCGACGAACCUCCAAUUAGUUCAGCUGUAGCAGAUACGGAGAAGAGCACUCAAGCUUCAUGUAAGAGAAGGAAGAGGACGUGGACGAGUCUGAAGGAGAUUGCUGAGAGUAGUGGCCAAGAUGCUGGCACAAAAUUCACAAACUCGACAGUUCCAUUCUUUAUUUAAUUAGCAAGGCACAAUUGGAGAUGUAACAUUUGAUUACUAAUUAAGCAGUCGAUUUGGUGAUUCCAAUGUUUA